CCUCAUUAACUAGUAACCAGAUCAAAUAUAACCUCCAACCUUUCAUUUGAAAGCCUGCAGCAAGCCAUGCUGAGGUCAUGACAAUCGGCAGCCAGGAGUUUUACAGUACUUACAUUUGUCUAGUUGCUGAUGCAGUUCAGAUGUACUGAUUGGUUGGAACUUCACUACCAAAUGAGAGUAUUUUCUGUGGAGAGCACUCUGGAGGAAUGAACAAAGUAAUUGAGAGAGCCUUGUAGGACUUCUUCAUCGCUCUUCUAAGUUAGCAAUAUUGGUACAAGGAGCCACGAGCCCAGUUCCUCCAGAGCUUUUACUGUCUGUAAACACCUCUGCUAUGGAGAAGGCAGUGCUAAUACAGCUGAUCCUGCUGAGCCUGGUGUUUGGGAGCUGCCAAGGGUGCUACUGUGAACAUUAUCCAUGGGGGUCAUGGUCCAGCUGUUCAAAAACCUGCAAUUAUGGCACGCAGACAAGGCACAGGCAAAUAAAAAUGGAUGAAUAUUAUAACCAAAACUUCUGUGACCAGCUGUGCACCAAGCAGGAAUCUCGUGCAUGUAACCAACAAACCUGUCCUAUCAAUUGCCAGCUUGGAGAAUUCAGCUCUUGGUCAGAAUGUGACCCAUGCAUUAAAAAACAAGUUCGUGUCCGGAAACUCCUGCGGCCAUCCCAGUUUGGAGGCCAGGCCUGCACCGAACCACUGGUGCAAUCCCGACCAUGCUUUCCAGCUAAGCUCUGCAAUAUCGUGGAUAUGGACUGCAAGAAUAAAUUCCAGUGCGAGAAUGGUCGCUGUAUUGCAAAAAAAUUGGAAUGCAAUGGAGAAAAUGACUGUGGGGACAACUCUGAUGAAAGACAUUGUGGGAGGAAAAAGAUGGUGUGUAGCAGAAAGUUUGAGAGCAUCCCAGGUGUGCAUUUAAUCGGCAGUGGAUUUCACAUUCUGUCAGGAGAGAGCCGAGGGGAAGUCCUUGGCAACUCGUUCAAUGGAGGAGAAUGCAGAACAGUGAGACGCAAUGAGACAAGGAAAUCGUAUCGCGUGCCUGCAAAUCUGGAGACUGUCAGCUUCCAGGUAACAGAUGAAGAGGAUGAUGUAAAAUCAGAUUUCUACAAGGAUUUAACGCCUCUGAGUGAUGGUGAUGUGGGAAGCAGUACAUCCUCUCAUUCAUCUCGGAGAAGAUCUGGCAUACCAGGUCUAUUCUCAAGGAAAAGAAAAGUUCAAAUCACAUCACAUUCCUCCUUCAAGAAAGCCAUUGAAGCCUCACAUGAAAAGAAUUCCAACUUUAUUAGAGUCCAUAAAGUCAUCUCUGUUGCAAACUUCACCAUGAAGGAGUCAAAUUUGCAGCUCUCAGAUGUCUUUCUAAAAGCUCUAAACCAGCUGCCUCUGGAGUACAACUAUGCUUUAUACAGUAGAAUAUUUGAUGACUUUGGCACUCAUUACUACACCUCUGGAAGGAUGGGUGGUUCCUACGACAUUCUUUACCAGUAUAGUUCCGAGGAACUCAAGAACUCAGGUCUGUCAGUGGAUGAAUCAAUGGAGUGUAUUCGAACAGAAACAAGAAGGCGUGUGUUUUUCCGAAAGAAGAAGAAAGUCAGUACCGAAUGUGUCACAAACAAGAUGACUGUGAAACAUGAAGGUAACUAUGAUAAUAACAGGUUUGUAUCCUGUUAGUUAACCUGAGUUAUCCUCAACAAGGCACACCAGGUCCUCUUGGCUAGAGAAGUUCUUCCAACACUAAAGGUGUUCUUCCAACACUGACAGAGAGGCCAGUGCUCAUGGAAUCAUAAAAUCAACAAGGUUGGAAAAGACGUUCAAGAUUAUCCAGUCCAACCAUCCGCUUCCUAUCAACAUUUCCCACUAACCUAUGCCCGUUAGAACAACAUCUAAACAUUUCUUGAACACCUUCAGGAAGAGUGACUCCACCACCUGCCUGGGCAGCCCAUUCUAGAGCCUAACUGCUAACUGCAGUUGAAGAGAAAUUUUUUCCUAACAUCCAUAACAUCCAUAACCUGAAUCUCCCCAGCACAACUUGCAGCUAUUCCCUCUAGUCAUAUCACUAGAUAAGUGGGAGAAAAGGCCAACCCCCAGCACACCACUACCUCCUUUGAAGUGGCUGUAGAGAGUGAUAAG